AUGAAAAAACACAUCAAAGAAAGAGAGCAAGCAUCUAAGAGAAAACAAGUUAUGUUGAAUAAUUCUGGUUUAAAAAAGAAAGUUUCCAAUGAUGCUGAUGAAAACUAUGGCCCACAAGUUGGAAAGCCCCUGGAAAUAGAAACAGAAGAACUAGAUUGUCUAAAGAAAAACUUUUUAGAAAAAUUGACCACGACAGUUGAAGACAGGCGUAUUAUUUUCAAUUCUACUUUGGAUCAGACGAAAUGUCAAGAAUGGUAUAAUGAGAGAAGACGGAGACUAACAGCUUCAAAUUUUGGUAGAAUUUGCGAGCUGCGGAUGACCACGAACGAAAAUAAAGUAGUGAAUGAGAUUAUCAAUCCUUCAUUCCAAGGAAAUAAAUAUACAGAUUAUGGCAUUGCUAAUGAACCAAAAGCUAUCGCUGAACUUGCUCUUGUGUUAGGAUGUGAUAUCCAACCCUCAGGAUUAGUAAUUUCAGAGGAUUACCAAUACCUAGCUGCUUCCCCGGAUGAGUUGAUUGAUGGAGAUUUUUUAGUAGAAAUCAAAUGUCCGUAUACUGCCCAGAAUGUUUCUCCACAGGACGCGAUGACUCAAAAAAUCAUUGAAUUUGCUGAAUGGAAGAAUGGUCAGAUGCUACUGAACACAAAUCAUAAAUCCAAGGUCAAUUGUUCAUAA